UCCACCUGUUUCCGGUGGGCGUGUGUGUAUGUGUAUGUGUGUAUGUGAGCUCGUGUGUGUGGGGAGGGGGAGAGUACGGGCUGAGACGGGGGCCAAUCUCGUCUGCUCGGCAUUUCCCGGCGGCCCCCUCGCUGCGGUGGGUGUUGUACACAAUCAUCAUGGCGGCGGCCGGAGCCCCGGAUGAAGUCGAGGAGCCCGGCAUGGAAACGGAUGCCCAGAAGCUGCAGCUCAACUGCGUGGACGCUGAGGCUGAGACCUCGUUGUGCUCCUCGUCUUCGUCCUCGGCCGCGGCCGCGACGGCCAAGGGCAACCUGCAGGCAGACCCGACGCAGGGGGGCAUAGCCAGCGCCCAGGCCUCGGUCAGCAACGGCGACGACGCCGACACGGAGAAGGAGCUAGUAGAUCUGAAGAUCAUUUGGAACAAGAACAAAUACGACGUGCGAGUGCCUCUGGACAGCACAGGGGCCGAGCUGAAGCGAAAGAUCCACUCCAUUACAGGCUUACCACCUGCCAUGCAGAAAGUUAUGUUUAAGGGACUUCUACCUGAGGAGAAAACAUUACGGGAAAUCAAAGUAACCAGUGGUGCCAAGAUUAUGGUGGUUGGAUCUACAAUAAAUGAUGUUUUAGCAGUAAACACACCCAAAGAUGCAGCACAGCAAGAAGCGAAAGCUGAAGAGAGUAAGAAGGAACCACUUUGUAGGCAGAAGCAACACAGAAAAGUGUUAGAUAAAGGGAAACCUGAAGAUGUGAUGCCUUCUGUUAAGGGUGCCCAGGAACGACUGCCAACAGUACCUUUAUCAGGCAUGUAUAAUAAGACCGGAGGAAAAGUGAGACUCACCUUUAAAUUAGAGCAAGACCAGUUGUGGAUUGGCACUAAAGAGCGAACUGAAAAAUUACCCAUGGGCUCCAUUAAAAAUGUGGUCAGUGAACCUAUUGAAGGACAUGAAGAUUACCACAUGAUGGCAUUUCAGUUGGGUCCCACCGAAGCCUCUUACUACUGGGUGUAUUGGGUUCCAACUCAGUAUGUGGAUGCAAUCAAAGACACUGUGCUGGGAAAAUGGCAGUAUUUUUGAAAGCACUUUCACCUCUGGCACAGGAGACUGACCCAAAGUGAAGGACAUUGCUGGGAGAGGCCUGCAACAUGCCCGGAUUUCAUAGUCCUGGAACUUUUAUUAAUUCAAAUCUGAGGAGAUAUUGACUGAAGCCAGAGGUGAUGUACUUUCACCAUUAGUUUACUUUUAACUUAAAAUUGCAAAAUCCCUUCCCUUCAGUCAGCUUCAAACCAUAUUUAAAGUGAAUACGGUGGAAAUCAAUAAAUCUUAAUUCAGAACGCGUUGUGUGGAAUACUCUUAAGUGUUCUGAGAGUAGAUCUGCCAAUUUCGUUUAAAAACAAAUGAUCAAAAUAUAUAUAUAUAUAUCUGGGUUUUUUAAUGUGAUUUGAACUAAAAAAUAUUUUCAUAAAUCUUUGGUUGCAAAUGGUUAAUUUGAGCUGAUUUGUUGUGACAGAGUUUGAGGCACAUUUUUUUUUUUUUAAAUUUUCCUACUUAUAAAUUGUAAAUGGUAUGCAAAGUUGGGGGGGUGGGGUUAGUAAGCCAUAUUUUUCUGGCCUUUGGUUCAGGUUUGACCUGAACCCUCCCCUCCCUCUCAGCCUCUCUUCCCCUUGCCCCCCCUCCCCCUCCCAAAAAAAUGAGCUAUUAAUUUUUAUUUGUAAAUCCAAAGAUGAUUUAUUUUUCCUCUUCUCUGUAUUUCUCUACCCCUUCACUUUUCAUUUCCUGUAAUCAUUUUGUUUCUAUUUUGAUGCUGACUGAUCACACAAUGGGAGGGGUGGGAAGGGACACAUCAUUGGGUUUUAAGCAUCAUAUCCUACAGAUGCUCAUUUUAGGGCAUAGUGACCCUAAAAUUGUUCCCAUCCCUCAUUCUUUGUGAAAACCCAACUGCUCUUGGUAUAAAACAUCUUGUCCUGAGGUUCCAGAUUCCCAUGCAGGUCAGCUGCCUCAUUUUAGUGGCUGGCAGAAUUGAGCAGAGGUCCUAAAAUUACCUAGACUAUCUUGAAUGUGACUGGUCCAUUGUCAUGACAAUUCAUAGCAGAAACAGGUACCAAGAGUCCUGGACAGUUGGAGGUCUUUUUGAUGUGGCCUAUCACUCUCCAUCAUGCUGGUUCAUUUUUGCCACUGGAGUUAAGAAGAACCAGGCAUAUAAAACUCCCUGACAAAUGGCAAUGAAGUCAGGUACAUUCCUAUUUUUCUUUAGACAACAUUUAAAAGAAUUUUUGGGGGGAAGUCUAACUAACUUUAGUCAUGCUUCCUAUUUCUUUUUGGUCAUUCUGCUCACCAGCCAUUAAGUUCAAGUGUCCUUUAUCUCAGGUUCAGUCACACUUACCCUUUCUAUCCUGGAAAGGUGCUUGCCAUGAGUUGAUGAUAUUUAAAAGACAAGACUGACUCCACUGGACCAGCAAUUGCCCUUCUCACUUAUGUCCCUUGUGCUCCUGGUAUACUCGGUCACUUUUUUUUUUUUUUUUGAUGGAUUGAUAACUUCUGAAGGUAGAGGGAAAACUCUUGUGCUUCUUCCCUUUGCUGUUGUCUUUGAAAUCCCCCCCUGUCAGAUGCAGGCCUCUGGGCUAGGUCUCCAAGCUUAACCGGUCAGCAGUGGCACAGCUGACCUACCUACAGGUUUUAGGUGGCUCCCUUCUCAAUGUGUAGAAUAUAUUUUAGUGUGUGUUUUUGACUGAGAAUGACUAUGCAGUGUAAGCCAGUUGUGAGAGCUAUUCUGUACCCUUCUUGUCUAAUGUGUAGUUUGGGAGUCCAGCUCACACAAGAAGAAUAAUCUGCUGCUUAUUAUAUUGCAGUUGUUCCUAAGUUAUUUAAUGUAUAGGAAAAUCAUUUUAUUGUCAGUAAGGGCAUAAAUAUUGUAUAUGUGUUGGAAGUUUCUUAGAAACUUUGUUUCCAUCCUUUGAAAGUAGCAGUAACUGCAGCAUUUGUAUAUCCAAUUGUAUAUCAAUGUUCAGUUUCCCCAGCGGGGAGACAGUACAAUAUAUGAAGGAAAGUCUGUGUGUCCUACUCUCGGCAGCCCAUCAGUGCUGCAUUGUACAGCUCUGCAGACCAAAUGGUCGCAUAACAGCGUGCAUUUCUGGCAUCAGCAUGGUCUUGGUUUUAACUUUCUCCAUCCAUUGUAUUCAUUUCUUCAUCUAGUGAUGUCAUUUGAACAAGCAUUUAUUAAAACCAUGCUUGGUAUAUGUAGAACACUGUGCUAAGCACUGAGUAAGAUGUGGAGUUUAUAGAAAAUAGAGUCCUUGUCCUUACAGGUCUUAUAGUCUAGUACUCUGCUUUUUCUUUUAAACCCACCUCACUUGCCUCUUCUUUAAAAAAAAAAAAAUCCAUUUCUCCACCCUGCUUGCCUAAAAUAAUGUUUUCAGAUCCUCAGUGGUAUCACCUCUCUUGUUUCCCUUUAUUCUUUGGACGGCCCGUGCUCUGGUGCAUCACCUCCAUUUUCAGCUGAGCCACAGUAUUAAAGUUGUUCUUCAAUUUAUUCUCUAUUAUAUCCUGUUCCUGAAAAACAAACUGCUUAUCUGCCUAUAGUCAGUACACUAAAGUAUGAUUUAAGCUUGGGUGAGGGAUUUAUUUAGUUUGGGGUAUGUAUGUGUCUGUCUCUCUCUCUCUCUCUCUCUCUCUCUCUCUUUUUCUCUCUCUCUUUUUUUUAAGUGAAAUGGUGCUUUUUCCUCCAGAAGUAAUUAUUACAUAUUAUCUUACAAUAAUGUAAGUUACACCUUUUUCAUAUAGAGCUGUUCAUAAGAGCCAGAGGUUUUAGAAUGCCCAUUGCAAAGCUGCCUGUAUUUGUUAGAGAACAUUAUAAGAUUGUCUAACUAUAUGGAUGAGGGUUUGUGUAUAGCUCUGGGGACAGAUCUGUCUCAGGGAGAAUAGAAAUAGAACUUAAAAGAAGCCAUGGAAAAAGGUGUUUGAUUUACGUCUGUGCCCUUUUUGGCAUGCUCUCAUAAGUAUUACCAUAAAAAUCAGAUCUGUGAUUGGCUUCAACAGGUUUAUUCAGCCUAGUGGAUUUUUUUAAUCAAAUUUAUAUACAAAGUGGAACCACAGCUCCUCUUAUGGAUAAGAUAAUAGUUCUUUAAGAUUGUUUCUAUAUCUUCUCUCUCUUUCAUCGCUGGCCCUGAAAUCUAUAUUCUGAGUUUGGUUGAUUUCCUUCAAUGUGAUAAGGUAGCAUAAGGAAAGGAGAAUGAUUUUAAUCUAUCCUGGCUUCAAAUAUUUUCUUUCUCUCUUAUCUUUCCCUCCCCCACCCCUAAUUGGUGGAGAAGAUAAUGAAACCUAUGUAAUAUAAGCAGAUUUCCUUGAAAAUGGGAGGAAAGCACAUUUAUCAUUUGAGAGGCCAGAUGCUUGAUGUCCCAUUCAUUUCAAAAGAUUCUUACAUGCUUCCUGGACUUUGUUCUUUCCCAGAAUAUUAAUGUCUGACCCUCUGCUCCCACAUGUUAUUUCUUACUGGCAUAGAAUCUUAGUUGAGGACAUUUUAUGAAGACAAGAUAAAGAGAUCACCACUGAGGGCUGGCUGCUUUUUCUGUCUUAUUUGGCCUGCUUAGUCGGCCUAGAAACAAUAGAGUUUGAAACUCUCUAGUAUUAAGGAAAUCUCUUAAUACAGAAAUUUUCCUCGUAGCAGUAGCAUAAUUUAAAUGAAAUUGGAUUAAGUAAGGAUGCACUUUGUUGUAAUGCUUUGGCACAGUCUUAUGGAGGUGGGUUAGCAGAAAACCAAGCCUUCUAUCUUUAAUGAGUAUGAUGCCAUUUAUUACAUAGACUUCUUAAGGAGUCACUGCUUUGCAUUAAAAGGGCCAAAGAGAUAAACUUUCCCACAUUGCCACAUCUGUAAAAAAUGGCCAUAUUUCAACAAGAAAUCUUUUUCUUCCUGUUCUAGCUUCUAAAAUGUGUCUACUGAAGCAAACCAGAGUAUACUGUCCUAACUCCCCCUUCCCCUUGUUUGGUGUGCCAAUUAAACAGUGCAGGGUUGUCUUUCUUUGGGCAGUCAUUGUCCACAAUUCUUUCUCCCUCCCCCUCCUCCCCCCCAUCACUGGUCUUAUUCAUCCAUCUUGUCUUAGAGAUUUUUUUUUUUUUUUUUUUUGGUGUCAUGGGGCUUACAGAAAAAAUUCAUCUCCUGAUAGAUUUGGUUCCUCUGAAAUUGAGGGGUCAGGAGAACUGUGGUGAUGCAGCACUGGAUGGCUUUACCUUCUAGGCUAGGUGUGGCUUCAGUGAUUGUGAUUCUGACUGCUUUCUUAUUUCUAAGCAAGUUAUUUUUUAUUUCUCAAAAAGAACUUCCGCUGCAGAAUUAUUUGAAAAUGAAAUAGAUGUAAGUACCACUUGGAUGGUAUUUUUAUUUUAUUUUUAAAUAAUCAAAUGCCUGUUUGGGGGUAAAUGAAAAAUAUUUAGUCUAUUAGAUUUGCACUGCUGGAUUUUUUAAGUGUAAUCUCUACUGGUUAUCUCAUUGUUUAUUCUGUAAGAUUAGUCUUACCAAUUAAAGUUUGAUAAUUAA